AUGAACCCUGUAUGUGCAGCAUUGAUAAAUAGACACACAGAGACACAAGCUCCAAACACACAACAUCUACUCUCACACUGAACCAGAGAACUUAAGCUAAACCAUGAGGGUGCUGAACCUGGGGUCGGAUCCCUCUCUGGCCUAUCGGCCUGAUUGUCUUCAGAAAGAUAAAGAGGAGUUUAGAAACUUUGAGAGCGGAGAACUCUUUGACCGUGUGUUUAACACAUAUAAGCUUAUGCACACGCACCAAACGCUAGACUUCGUCAAGAAGAAGCAUCUGGAGUGGGCAAACUGCACUCACUUCAGCAUGACCAUGAUGGACAGCAUCAAUUCACUGGAUGCGCUGGUCGAUGAAUCCGAUCCCGACGUCGACUUCCCAAACUCUUUCCACGCGUUCCAGACCGCCGAGGGGAUCCGCAAGGAGCAUCCUGAUAAGGAUUGGUUCCAGCUAGUCGGUCUGAUCCAUGACAUUGGGAAAAUCAUGGCGUUGUAUGGAGAGCCGCAGUGGGCAGUCGUUGGAGACACGUUCCCGGUGGGAUGCAAGUUUCAGAAUUCAAUAGUGUUUAGAAACUCGACAUUUGAGGACAAUCCGGAUGAGAAGAACCUCGCUCUCAACACAGAAUUUGGGAUUUAUAAAGCACACUGUGGCCUGGAUAAUGUUCUGAUGUCUUGGGGACAUGAUGAGUAUUUGUACCGGGUACUGAAGUUCAACAAAUGCACCAUCCCUGAAGAGGUAAAGACACAAAAAGCACGCAACACAGCAUUUCAUUCACGAUCAAGAAGUCGUUUUCUUUUAACUCCUGCUAUAAAAAUUCCAACAAAUACUCUUUUGUUCCGGCAGGGGUUAAACAUGAUCCGUUUCCACUCCUUUUACCCCUGGCAUUCGAACGGAGACUACAUGCACCUGUGCAAUGAGAAAGAUCUGCAGAUGCUGACCUGGGUGAAAGAGUUUAAGUAAGUCUCCGGUUUCUCAAUGAAAGACCGCUGACCUUUUAUAUGAGUUUUGGCUUUGAUUUUACAGUCAGAAAAAUAACAUCAGUCUGUUUGUCUUUCCUACAACAGCAAGUUUGAUUUGUACACAAAGAACACCGAGUUGCCCGAUGUGGAGAAGCUAAAGCCCCAUUAUCAGUCACUCAUUGAUAAAUACUGUCCUGGGUUACUGCGCUGGUGAACGUCUCACCUUCAGCCGCUUCAUUCUAUCUCCUGCAAUAAACACAUUUGAACAGAUCUGAACCAAGACAUGUCUGCGAACGGGUCAAUACAUUUCCAGCAAGAACAUUUAACAAUUAUAAUAGAAAAUGUAAAAAUCUCAUUUGAAUUGUAUCGGUCUUGAUAUUGCAAAACAUAUUGUUUAUAUAGUUUUGUUAGCAAUGAGGGAAUAAAUGUAGACUUAAUAUUGUGCAUCCAUGAAUAGAUUGAAAGUAAAACAAAAUUAACAUUCAAUUAGUCGUUCAGAUUGGAGCACAAUUGCUUGGUUUGGAAUGAGCGGCACUUCUGUUAGCACGUAUUUUUAUAUAUGUUUACUAUUAAAAAUGUUACAAAACAUUAAA